CUCGCGGUUCCGUUGAGGAAGGUUGUGUGUAUGGCCGUCGUCGUGGCUGGACGCAACUGUGUUCCGCCAGUGGAUUAACCUCUCGAUGCGGUGAUGUGGUGAAUUGAUGAGUGGUGGUGUGUUCUCAGCGAAGAAGGUGAGCAGGUGGUGUUAUUUGUUGCAACUCAGCGGCGUUCUAAUUAACCGCAUAACUUGUUAUUGAACGAUACAAGAGUAGAUGUGUGGAGUUGCCAUGUAACUUUGGGUAGCGGGGGUUUGAGAGACUGGCUUGGGGUUUUUCGAAACAGUAAAGAUAGUGCCUUAUUUUAUCAAACUGCCAAAAAGUUAGUGUACGUACCGUAUAUUGUUUAUUUAUUUACUAACGAAAAAUAAACAUUAAUUCAGUGACAUCCAUCAUUUAUCAAGAAAAAACGAAAAAGCUUCAGUAGGAAUGCUAUUUUGACAAGGCUUCGUUUAACACAAUGCAUCAAUUUAAACCUCUUGAUUCAAACUACAGCUGAGGACCUUUGCAACGGACUCUCUUUUGUGUGUAUGCGUUAAAUGUGUUGGAAAUUGAACCCAAGUGAGUGCAACUGAAAGGCAACAGUUAUAUAAAGAAAAAAAUAUAUAAGAAAAUACAUGUACGACCCUUCCACCCACACUGCGAGCGCCGGGUGUCACAAUCCUGGCACCUUCUUGUAGUGGUCGAUUGGCAGGGUUGGUGAUGUCAUGAGCGGAGUCCACGUGCUACCGACGGCAUCGUAGCUGGUGUUAACGCCCACCGUUGCUAGCCUCGGCGGGCCCAACGUGUGUACUAAACAGGAGACGUACACAAGUUUUGUGAAUGUGUCCUACACAAAAGCAUAUAGAGUACGAACUUAUACGUACUGCUUCAGCAUUCCGCCCAAGUGUUCCAAGUACAAGAUUGCGUAUAAGACUUCUUUCAAAACACAGAGCCAAACCAAAACCCGGACUGUGGAUGUGUGUUGUUCGGGUUUCACAAGAGUGCCAGCUGAAGAUCGGUGCAUACCAAUAUGUUCCCAAGACUGCAUACAUGGGGUUUGUGUGAAACCAGAUGAGUGCCGUUGUGAAGCAGGCUACUCGGGCCCAAGCUGUAAUAUAACAUGUCCAGAAGGGAAAUGGGGUAUGGGAUGCAUCCACGACUGUCCCUGUUUACACGAGGGGAAAUGUGACCCACUGUACGGGAAUUGUUCAUGUCAUGCUGGCUGGAUUGGUCCUUAUUGUGAAGAGAAAUGCCAGGAUGGGUAUUAUGGAGUGGAUUGCAAAGAUCGCUGUCGCUGUCAGAAUGGAGGAACUUGUGACCAUGUCUCUGGGGCAUGCCAGUGCUCGCCUGGCUGGACAGGACCCCUUUGUGAGAAAUCUUGUCCAGAGGGCACACACGGCACUGCCUGCAGUAACAAGUGUGCCUGUCAGAAUGGUGGACACUGUGACCCUGUCAAUGGGAAAUGUCAGUGUCCUCCUGGUUGGACGGGAGAUGUGUGUGCCAACCCAUGUCCUCAAGGCACCUGGGGACGCAACUGCUCAGAGCUUUGUGAUUGUUACAAUUCUGCAACAUGUGACCACAUAACAGGUCGAUGCAAGUGCCCUUCAGGAUAUGUAGGAAAUAAGUGUCAAGAGGAGUGUCCUUUAGGGACAUAUGGGGUUAACUGCACAGAAUCUUGCAACUGCCGCAAUGGAGCCACUUGUUCCCACAUCAGUGGAAGGUGUUUCUGCAAGGAUGGGUGGCUGGGCGCCGAUUGCUCAAUGCCAGCAUGUCCACCAGAUCAGUUUGGACCUGGAUGUUCACAAAUUUGUUCCUGUGAAAAACAUAACACUGAAAGAUGUCAUCCUUGGACGGGUGAGUGUGAGUGCAAAGCUGGUUGGGCAGGUGAGACAUGUAGUCGCGCCUGCCCCUUCUACAAAUAUGGAGAGAAGUGCCAAAACAGUUGCAAUUGCAAGAAUGGGGCUUUUUGUGACCCUGUGGAUGGCACUUGCAUCUGUGCACCAGGGUACCAUGGAAAAGAUUGCAGUGAACACUGUCCAAAACACAAGUAUGGUCAGAACUGUGAAUUGGAUUGCCGCUGUAAAAAUGCGCUUGGCUGCUCCCAUGAGAGUGGAAAGUGCAUUUGUAGUCCAGGUUGGGGUGGCCAGCAGUGUUCCCUAACAUGUCCACUAGGUUUCUACGGUGGAAACUGCACUGAAGUGUGCGACUGCCAGAACAAUGGUUCUUGCGACCCAGUGACUGGAAAAUGCACCUGUGGCCCAGGCCAUUUCGGGGACAAGUGCCAAAAGACAUGCGAUCAGGGCUUCCAUGGUAUGGGCUGUGUUAAUCAUUGUGCGUGUGUUGGACCCAAUGUUGAAGGCUGUGACCCAGUCACUGGUAGAUGCAUCUGCAAGCCCAGUUUCCGUGGUGUUAGCUGUGAAUCUAGAUGUCCCCGUGGGAAUUAUGGUGAAUCUUGCACAAAGAGGUGUGACUGCAAGAACAAUGGGUCCUGCAAUUAUCAGAACGGAAAAUGCAUCUGCGAGCGAGGGUGGCAUGGUGCCAAUUGCAACACUCCUUGUAGGCCUGGCAAAUAUGGUGUUAACUGCAACCAGAACUGCCCAUCUUGUGUGCAUGGAAAUGGUACAUGUGAUGCACAGGAAGGGACUUGUGUUUGUGCAGCAGGAUGGCGGGGAGCAAGAUGUGAUCGGACAUGUCCUUCUGGAUACUGGGGAUUUGGCUGUAGUAGAGAAUGCAGAUGUCGUAAUGGUGCAGAGUGUAACCCAGAAACAGGAGAGUGUCACUGUCUUCCUGGUUGGAGAGGUGCUGACUGCUCACAACCUUGCCCUCCUGGGACCUUUGGCUACAACUGCCUUCAAGCAUGUCAUUGUCGAAACCAUGCUUCUUGCAGAGGCAAUGAUGGCUUCUGUGAGUGCAAGCCGGGAUGGAUGGGACCAGGGUGUACACAGACUUGCCCAGAAGGUUAUUAUGGAAGACAGUGCCUGAAUGUGUGCAACUGCAGCACUGAUAAUUUUAUUUGUCAUCCUGUUGAAGGCUGUAAAUGUCGUUAUGGAUUUGAAGGUGACAUGUGUGAUAUCCCAAUUACAAGUCCCAUCAAAACAAGUGAUGUUCCUUUCCUCCCAACUACAACAAGCGGAUCAAAUAAUGCUGGACUUAUUGUUGGCGUCGUCUCAGUAAUUCUCAUCACAAUUGUCAUUGCAAUCAUAAUUUACUACAGACGAAGAUUAAAAAGAUUAAAAAGAGAACUUGCUGUUGUCCAGUAUACAGCUAAUCCAUCAACAACAGAACGCCCCAAGAUGAUCGAAAGCAAAGAGAGCACUAAGCUUCGUCCUUCUAAUAAGCUCUCACAGAAGUCCGACAACUGGAAAUCUCUGUCUUGUGUCAGGGAUGAUUCAAAGAGUCAUAUGUUGAAAGAUCAACACCACUUUGACAAUCCAGUAUAUGCAUACCAGACUGUAAGCAAGUCGCAGCCGAACCUCUUAGAGAAUGGAAACCUAAACAACGGUGUCACCAUUAAGAAUAACCUCUCAAUAAAAGAUGAUAAGAAUAGAGAGUGGGAAAAACUAGGCACUUUCACCUUUGACGAUGACAUUAGUAGUUUAGGUGCUGUAGGGGGUCAUUAUGAUGUGCCAUCGACCCUUCAGAGGCAAGCAGCGCGAGUGAAAGCAUUAGAAGCCGAUGCCACUAACCCAAACCUUAAUAUUUAUCAUUCUAUUGAAAGUUUAAAGGAUAACCGCCUUGUAGAACAUGUGUAUGAUGAAAUAAAACAGCGACCUCCUCCUCCGAAAGAUCCAG